CACAUCAAGAGCUGCUCCACCUAACGGGAAGCAACGACGGCAGCUUAAUCUUUCAUUGGGAAAAAAGGGUGAAAGGCGAGACGAAAACGUAAAUAUUUGUCUUCGCCUCCAGCCAACAUGAUCCACAGCCUGUUCCUGGUCAACGCCUCGGGGGACAUUUUCCUGGAGAAGCACUGGAAGAGCGUAGUCAGCCGAUCUGUGUGUGACUACUUCUUUGAGGCCCAGGAACGUGCCACUGAGCCAGAGAAUGUCCCACCAGUAAUUCCCACACCACAUCACUACCUUAUCAGUGUGCUUAGGCAUCGCAUCUACUUUGUUGCAGUCAUCCAGAGUGAGGUGCCACCGCUGUUCGUCAUCGAGUUUCUGCACAGAGUCGUUGACACCUUCCAGGACUAUUUUGGAGUGUGUACAGAGGCUGCUAUUAAGGAUAAUGUGGUAGUGGUCUAUGAACUACUGGAGGAGAUGCUGGAUAAUGGAUUUCCACUUGCCACAGAGUCCAACAUCCUCAAAGAGCUCAUUAAGCCUCCCACCAUCCUCCGCACGAUGGUCAACACCAUCACAGGCAGCACCAAUGUUGGUGAACAGCUCCCUACAGGCCAGCUGUCAGUGGUGCCAUGGAGACGCACCGGAGUCAAAUACACCAACAAUGAGGCCUAUUUUGACGUGGUGGAGGAGAUUGAUGCUAUCAUUGAUAAAUCAGGCUCCACUAUCACAGCAGAAAUUCAGGGAGUUAUUGACGCCUGUGUGAAACUGACAGGCAUGCCUGACCUCACUCUGUCAUUUAUGAAUCCUCGGCUGCUGGAUGAUGUCAGCUUCCACCCAUGUGUUAGGUUCAAGCGCUGGGAAGCUGAGCGGAUCCUAUCCUUCAUCCCACCCGAUGGAAACUUCCGGUUGCUCUCAUACCACGUUAGCUCUCAGAACCUGGUGGCUAUCCCAGUGUACGUCAAACACAACAUCACCUUCCGAGAGGGAAGCUCCCAGGGACGUUUUGACUUGACUUUGGGACCCAAACAGACCAUGGGAAAGGCUGUGGAGUCAGUCCUAGUCAGCAGUCAGCUGCCCCGGGGCGUCCUGAACGCAAACCUCAACCCCUCCCAGGGAACAUACACCUUUGAUCCAGUCACAAAGAUGUUGUCAUGGGAUGUUGGCAAGAUCAACCCACAGAAGCUUCCCAGCCUUAAAGGCACCAUGAGCCUGCAGGCCGGGGCCUCCAAACCGGAUGAGAACCCCACCAUCAACAUCCAGCUCAAGAUCCAACAGAUGGCCAUCUCAGGGCUGAAGGUGAAUCGACUGGACAUGUACGGUGAGAAAUAUAAACCGUUUAAAGGCAUCAAAUACAUGACGAAGGCUGGCAAGUUCCAGGUGCGGACAUAAAGACUACUGCUCUGUGACCACUGGACCAAACCACCAUGAGACUGAGGGGUGAUGUGAUGGGGUGAAGGGGAGUUGGUACAUUCCCUGUGUAUAUGCAUUUCAGGAUUUAACAAAUUGGAGGCUUCAUGUAGCAGUUAAGAAUGGACCAUCGCACAUAGAAACCUCUGUUGAAGUAAAAGCGUCAAAGGAAUCAAAUAUUUGCAUCUCUGUCCAAGCUGAACCCGGGGCUGAACCUUACUCAUCCCAAUAUAUAUUUCUUUUUUGUAAACAGCAUUUUUCACUGAUCUUUUAAAUCAUGAGCCCAAACCAAUCCCAAGCAAGAUUGUGUUAAUACAGGCUUCAUCAACAUGUCAAGCUCUAACAAACAAACAGCAGGCCACUAUCUGAUGCUGUACUGUCUCAGCUGGAGGUAUGAGGUUUGAAAGGGGUCUGACCUCCACCUUUCCAUACAGUAUUUCAUUGUCAUGGCAUGUUUGUCUGGAUAGAUCUGUCGCUAUUGACUGUUUUCACACUCCAGAGAAGAUAUAUUGGAUAAUGGACCAAAGUAUAUCAAAAUACAACUUCCUCUAUAAUAAAUUGAGAUAACGUGAGCUGUAAAGUAUGGCAGAAAUCUAAUGUUCUCCUAAGUCAAAUGACAUUUGUAAGAUGAAGUGAACAGUGAACUGAGUUGAGAAACUAGUGGCAGUUAAUUGUGUGGAUAUGCUGUAACAGCUCAUACUGUAUUUUUUUUUUUGCUAUAAAUCAGUAGAACACUUAAGCGUUUGAUCUACAAAACCUAAAUUAAAGCUAAAAUUAUCUUUUUAGAACAUGAUCCUCAAUGUGUUUCUUUUUAUUAUUCCUUGUCGCAACCUUCCGAAGAAAUAUAAUCACUGUAUUUUUUUAUUGCCCUUCUUCCUCUACUGUCCAGUUUUUCGGAUUCCUUUUCCAUCUGUUUGCUUUCCUGUUUGUUCUGCUCUCGUGCUCUUCUUCUCCUCGUCGCAAUAAUUUUGUGAUUAUGUCUGCAGCACUGGAGUCAGGACACUGACAUAUGAGAAUGUGACACUGGAGCUGUCCUCAAUCAUGCACUUUCACUCGUGCUAGUACUAACAUUUCCUUUCAAUGCAAGCAAGAUGGAUGUAGAAUGACUUUAGCUGUUGGAGCUAUUUAUUACUAAGGUUUGGGCGAUAUUUCAGGUACCUGUUCACCUGUUUUAUUCUACUUUAUUAUUUAUUAAACAACACAAAUGAUCCUUUUGCUGGAGUAAUGUAAGCCUUGUGUAUAUUGUUUCCCAUUUCUGCAUUCUGUCUUUAAAUUCUUUUCAAAAGCUUUAACUCUAUAGGAGCUGUCAUUUAACCAUAUUUUGACCAAACGGUAUCAGUUUUUCUUCCCAACAUUGAGAAACACAUGGCCAAGAAAAUAUUUUUAUCUUGUCAAAUUGGUGCUUAACACUAUGGUCCAAAUGAUAUAAUAAACAUGUUCUCAGUAAAUCACAACCCACAAUAAGCAGAACAUGUAAACUAUGGUAAAAUGGCCAGUAACUCAGACGAAAUGUUGAAGGUUUGCAUUUUGUGUUUACAGCACUUGUUUGUGUGUUUGUUAAACAGCCUCCAAUGGAGUGUUACAAUGGUGUAAAAAUAAAGAUUUGAUGUGUUAUAACACUCA